AUCUACACGGAAGCUAAGGCGAAUGUUCUCAGCAGUCACGCUUACCCUGUCCAUCGUCUCGCUUCCGGCCCAUGCUGCGGCCACUGGCCGUUAAGAAUGUCAUCUUGCUCCGGCCCUUGCUUGCUGAAAAGAACUCGAGCGUCUAAGGUGCAUCUACUUAUCUCUCGCUCCGAUCGUCUGACGAAGUUCAGAUGCGCUUAGAGUUUCAUGGAGGAUCCAUGGCGCCGUCUGAAGAAUCAACCCAGCAUGAACCUGAUCGCUGGACCGCUCGGCGAUGAUUUACUUCAUGAUACUCACCGGCUUCUAUCCUUGCUCUCGGCAGAUGAUACAUUUCGCAACCGCACAAUACCAACCGCUGUCGCUCUCGGAAGGAGCCUGCUUGCACGGCCGAAGCAUUUUUCGAUAAACCCGAUUCCGGUGGUCUGUAUAGAUCACCAAACUGGUGCGGGUGCAGUACAUUGCAGCCACACUUGCUUCCUCUCUAAAGUUUCUUACGACUUCAUACCUUCCACGUUGCACAAGGCUUUCAAUCUGGGCACCCGUUCCUCUCCAGCCUCGGUCCUUGACUUCAUGUAUUCGCUUGCAACAUGGGGUUCUGAGCACCUUCCGGACCUUGACAUUCUUGUACGCGGUUCUCUCUUCAGCUCCUGUUUCGAUCAGCUACACGACGGGUAACGGAGAUACCGGGGCUGUGCCGUCGAUCCGCUCUCACAAAAGAUCGGAAGGAGUCUCAUUCGACGUUGUAAUGACAUAAUGCAGUUUCACACGUUC